AUGGUGGCGUUUCAGACUUUCUACAGAUCACAGCUCUGCGACGACUUUCUUUGCGCUGCGUUAGAUUAUUUUGCUGCGCUUCUCAAGACUCUGGAACGGAAAGACAUCAGAGAGAGGAGUGAUGAUGAAUCUUUUGUUGUCACAACAGAGGAAGAAAAGGCAUCCAGCAUACUUGAUCAGACAAUGAGAGAAGUUUCGACAUAUUACUGUUUCAUCAUAAUGCAUUACAGCAAGUCGCAAGCUGCGCAACAAGACCGAAAAUUCUUCGAGACCCUCUACGCCUUCGUUUCCAACAUUGUUUGCGCUGCCUUCCCCUUUCAACACAGCUCGACGAUCGAAGAUGAACUUGGAAGAAUAUUUCGAACUGAGACCUUCAAUCUAACGCGUCGCAAGAACGAUGCGAAUCAUCCAACGAAGCAGUUCUACACAGCGAAAGAACUCUUCGUCUUGAAGAAUUCAGGUGCAGGCCUUUCAGGGAAGAAGCUAACCAAUUCCUUGCAUGCUCGUAGACAGAUCAACGCCUCGGUCAACGUUGCAAUGAAGCAAAGGAGUGCUCUUACGGCAAAACUGCUACCUACCACCCACUCGAUUCUGGAGCAGAUGAACCAAAAUCUGAUAAUAUCGGCAGAGCAUUGCGAGAUCCCGCAGCUCUGA